AUGUCUGCCUCCUCUAAGCGAUCUGGCCGGAUCGGUACGACCAAGUCAAAAACUGGCUGUCAUACCUGCAAGUCAGUAUUCUAUCUCGAGGAAUCGGCUAUUGCCCAAGUGGACCCGCAUCUGAUAAUGCAAAAACAGAAUCCGACGAGUGCGCUGCGGAGAGGAAAAACCUCAUUGCAUGAGAUGCACCAGCACUGGUCGACUGUGCAGUUACGGCGCAUCUCAGUCAGCCCCCGCAGAGUCAUCCAACAUUUCCACUUCGCAUUUGGGUCAUCUUUCCACACACCCGCAAAUUUCAUGUCCUCCAUGGGUCCACUAUUAUCUGGCGACCUCGAUCUUGCUUUCUGGAGAGGCUGCGUCUUGCAGACAUGUCGCAUGGAGCCUGCGGUGUGGGAUGCAAUCAUAUCGCUCAGCGCACUAUACGAACGUCCGCCUCUUCACGAAACACCUCCAUUCCUGCUGAUCAACUCUCCCGCAGUGGUACGCAGUCAAACCCAUCGCGAGGCACUGGUUUGGUAUUCGCGCUCCCUGGCAGUCUUACAGCAGCGCAUCAACCAAGGGACUGCAAAUCUUGGUGUCUCUCUGAUCAGCUGUAUCUUGUUUAUUGCAAUCGAGCUUCUUCAGGGCAAUCGAAAAGCAGCUUUGGGAUUGUAUAAACAGGGAGCCCAGUUAAUCAAUGCCGACCGUGGACCAUGGAUCACCAUUCUCACGCCAAUCUUUCGUCGUCUGGGCACAUGGGUCUUUAUCAACGACGGCUCGCCUGAUAAAGCUUGGGGACUUAGUAUAACCGCGUCUGGUAGCCGCUUUGCGUCAAUGGACGAAGCUAGGAACGUGCUCUGUGGGAUUGUUGCUGAAAUGAAAACUCUGGAUAAUGCCACGAAGUUACAUUGGAAGCAAGCAGCGGCGAGUCGCGAGCACGAAGCACUAGCACUCGAGGUUAAACGAGGUCAACUCAGACAGGAACUUGGCCGCUGGAACCAACUUUUCAUGUCCUUUAAGGCUUCAAAUACACCGGGACCUCAGGAUGUCCUUGGCACCGUCGAUGGCGCAAGUGCCCUUCUCCUCAUGACCUACAUGAGUGUUCUUGUCGAGAUCGAAACAAUCCUCUGCACUGAUCAAGCUGCAUAUGAUGAAUACGAACUCGAAUUCAGACAAAUCCUCGAUUAUGCAUCCACCGCCAUUGCAGCGACCCGCAGCCCAGACGGCACACAGCCACCAUUUAUGUUCGAAAUGGGAGUCUUUCUCCCGCUAUUUAUCACGGCACUCAAAUGUCGAUUUCCCCAAUUGCGUCGUCAAGCCCUUCGACUCAUGAUGGAAGAAGCCCCGCCAGCCCAAGGACUUUUCAUGUGUGGUCCUGCUGCUCACGUAGUCGCAGUUAUCGUGGUUCUAGAGGAGAGCCCUAGUAUGGUACGUGAGGAGCCGCUGGAUAUUGGCCAGUUCUUGAAGGAAUCAGGCUGUAUUCCUCCAUCUCGGAAUCGUGUUUGGGAUUUCGGUGUAUCGUCAGAUAAGAAUAGCGAAGGGCAGAUGCAGAAUUGGCUGCAUUACAGUCUGCGAGACUUUGAUGAUGAUGAUGAUGAUGAUGAUGAUGAUGAUGAUGGCGAGGGGCGGAUUCGAUUUCUGCAGCGAAGUAUACUAUUCCCGGGGCUCAAUACCCCUUUAUAUGAAUCAUGA